GAACUUGUUCCAUGCCAUUGUUCGAGAAAUCAUUUGAUAAUAGAAAAGGAUCAUCGACUAGCUUAUAUCGCCUCUGUGUUGUUAAUAAUUACUUCAAUUAAUCAGUAAUCGAGUAAACCACAUACGAUCAAAUUUUGUUUACUGCAUAGUACCUACAUAGAGAUGAGACCGACAUAAAAAGCAUGCUUCACAGCUUGUAACAUCAUUUUUUUGUUCAACAAAUUGAUUGUGAAAUAUCGAUUAAGUCGUGAAACUAAUAAUAUUGACAUUUUUGUUCAACAGGAAAUUGAAAAGAAAAAUGUAUCUAUUAGUUUUUUUUCUAAAAGCCAAAGCAAAUAGCCAUGUAUUGUUAGAGAUUAUUGCAAUUAAAGGUUAUACCUUUGAUGAGCUUUUCGGAGUGCGGCGAGGGCCUUGCCCAAGCACUGAAACAUCAUAAAUGUUUGUUGAAAAAUGUUUUGACGUGGUAUUUUAUAUUGUAUGUUGACUGUUAAGUACUUGCUCCUUUAACGAGCUAAAAUGCUCGACGCCGUUCGGAGACGAUCCGGGAAGACGUGUGCUGCUUCCACGAGAUUAAAGUCGUUCGACGACCUUGAUCAUCUUGCAAAGGACUCAUACACCGGUACAAAGUUGACCCAAAUGAGAUCCCAGUGGAACAACAGGCUGGGUCUACUCUCCCCCUUAUGGAGAUACCAGGCCGGGACAUUGAGGCUGAUGAGGAUUAUAAUCCAUUCGAACACAGAAAACUCGCCCAUCCCACAUCGGAUAUGGACACCCUUAUUCAUUUGCUGAAAGGAUCUCUUGGCAGCGGUAUUCUAGCAAUGCCCAUGGCAUUCCUCAACGCUGGCCUCUUCUUUGGUUUGGUGGCUACAUUCGCUAUUGGUGGUAUAUGUACAUACUGCGUGCAUAUACUGGUGAAGACUGCUCAUGAGCUCUGUAGAAGAAUACAAAAACCAUCUCUAGGCUUUGCAGAGACGGCAGAAGCCGCCUUUCUUUCUGGGCCACCCGCUGUGCAUAAGUUUUCUCGACUGGCCAAGGCUAUGGUUAACUGGUUCCUGGUGAUCGAUCUGCUUGGCUGCUGCUGUGUAUACAUCGUAUUCGUCUCCAGAAACGUCAAGCAAGUGGUUGAUUUCUAUACAAAAGACUCAGAGUACCACGAUAUACCUCUUCGCGUGUACAUGGUGGCACUAUUACCUUUACUUAUUUUGAUGAACCUUCUGAGAAAUUUGAAAUAUUUGGCGCCUUUCUCAAUGAUCGCUAACCUUCUUGUUGGUACCGGAAUGGGUAUAACUUUCUACUAUCUAUUCCAAGAUAUUCCAAGCAUACAUGACAGGCUGCCAUUUACUGGAAUUGAGAGACUGCCAACCUUCUUUGGAACUGCCAUCUUCGCUCUGGAAGGAAUUGGUGUAGUUAUGCCACUUGAAAACAACAUGAAGACUCCGACCCACUUCAUUGGAUGUCCUGGCGUUCUUAACACCGGAAUGUUCUUUGUAGUUUCCCUAUAUGCCUUUGUUGGAUUUUUCGGAUAUUUGAAAUACGGAGAACACACUGCGAGCAGUAUCACGUUAAACCUUCCGGAAAACGAAGUAUUGGGCCAGUCUGUGAAGUUGAUGAUUGCUGUUGCGAUAUUCUUCACCUACAGCUUACAGUUUUACGUGCCGAUGGAGAUAAUCUGGAAAAACGUUCGCCACUGGUUUGGAGCAAAGAAGAACUUUGCUGAAUACAGUAUUAGGAUUGCAUUAAUCGUGAUGACACUUUGUAUAGCCAUUGCCAUUCCGAACUUAGGUCCUUUUAUUUCUUUAGUCGGUGCUGUAUGCCUCUCUUUCCUUGGCCUGAUAUUCCCAUCAAUAAUCGAAACUGUCACCUUUUGGGAUCGACCAAACGGCCUUGGUCGUUUUAACUGGGUUCUCUGGAAAAACAUAUUCCUUGUUUGUUUCGGAAUCCUUGGUUUCCUAACAGGUGCCUAUGUCAGUAUUUUGGAUAUUAUACAAGGUGAAGACUAAUAAAAGUUCCGUAAGACUAAUUCAUAGGUAUAUGACGAAAUUCUAUAUAAAGAAACAUCAGAUGUAAUGGCUAAGAUUUUAUAAUUAAUUCGCUUUUAGUUGUUUAAUAUCUUUUUAUACAUUAUAACUAAAUUAAAUCUGAUGACGAUUUCUUAUUUGAGUUUUUGCAGUCCUUACUGUUCCUUGAGAUUAACACCUAUUUAUAUUAGGUUUUAUUUCAAAACGGUAAAGUUGAGUAUAGUCAAUAUAUUUUCUCAUUGUUAUUUAGCCCCGAAACUCUGUAGCCAUUUAGAAAUAAGAAAUGUAAUUAUUAAAAUGUGUGAGAAUUUUUCUAGUGCAUUAUUGAAAUGUGAUACAAUUUAGGUUUAAUGAAAGGCAUUGAAACAGCUAUUUAUAAGAAAAUAUAGGUUUCAAAAAAUUUGUUUGUUUUAAAAUAGGAAAUAAAUUAGGUAUGAGUAGGUAUUGGCAUGUUAUUGGACCACGUUUUAGCUUGUUCCGCUUUUUACAUGAAAUGUGUUACAAUUUUGGGGUUUAAUAGUAGACGCACCGUGAUAUGAUAUAGGCAUUUUCAUUACCAAAAAUAUAUUGGCUUAUGGUACAGUUACAUCAAACGAACAAAGAGCAUAGGAUAAGAACUAGAAUAGCCUUAUGUAUUGUAAACGUACUAAGAGUAUUAUUUCAUUGCUUUAUUACACCCAUGAAUAACGUUAUAAAGAAAAUUCACUUGUACAUCAAUUUGUUAUUGCUUUUCACGAAAAAUUCUGACGCGUUUAUUCUAGAAGGCAGUCGACAUGGUAACUUCACAGAGCAAGUAAGCACUACGUAGUUAUAUAGCUGCCUAACAAUUUAAUUUAACACAGUUAAUACGAUGACUUAUGAACAAACAAAGUGCAAGCCAAGAACUGAAGAUCAUUCUAGCAGAUUAUGGUACCCAGAGAUAUGAUAAUUCAUCUAAACUGGAACCAUAUUCUGAUUCAUUUCAGAGGACAGAACAAACAAAUUCUGUUCUAUACCUUGUUUGCACUUUUUGCUCUGUAUACUUACACGUCCUAUCUCUAAAACUGUUCUAUAUCUUACUUUAUGUCCUUUGUUCAUUUAGUGUAAUUACACCAUUAUUUAGUAUAGAUUAUCAUAUCGAGCUUGUUUUUAAAAAAAAUGUAAAAGCAUUUAAACUUGUAGGUUAUACCUAUAUGUCUAUAGACUCACGUAAGAUCUAUUCUUGAGAUCAUAUAAUUCGAAUAAAUUGAAUAAUAUGUUAUAUUCAAGAUUAAAGUUAUAGUAAUUCUAAAAAUAAAGUUGUACUCAUGCUGCCUUGAUUUAAAUUUAUUUUUAUAAAAUUUCUUCGUCAUCGAUCUAGGUCCAUGGAAAUUUUGAGCAAAUGUCAAAUCAAGUGCAUGCCGACAUUAAAUUGAGUUACAAGACUGGAUAUUUUGUCUUUGGUGAAAAAUUAUUAAUUUGUCACAAAACAUCUUCAGCUGUACGUUGCAACGACAGAAAACAAUUCACUAGUAGUUUAAAUAAACACGUAAUGUUCCUUUCAUGUGAGUCAGGUUCUGAUAUUUAUUGUAAACCAUCUGUGUGAAUGGAUGUGAUGCGAAUAGUUUAAAUAAUUUUAAUUACGUAAGACAUAAGCCAUGAAGAAUCAUUUAUUGUAUAGAAUGAUUGUUAUCGAAUGUAGGCCCUUUUGCCUGAUUCCUUUAUUAUCAUUCUGUAGUUUUUAGGUAAGUAUUGGACAUCAUUAAUUGGAUGCUGUUUUCUCCGAUGGCUAUGAGCGUCAUGAUCACUUAGGAGAUAUAUCCUUUACAUGUUCGAUUCUGUCAGCAGAGACGUAACGAAUAUUUAUUGGUAAUCCAAUGAAGUAAAAAUAUAUUUUUUUAAAUAAGCAGUCAGCUAUCGAAAAUAUAUUUUUGGAUUUGUCCUUGCCCUGAAAUGAACUGUUAGUACUAACUUUUUUUUGUUAAAAUUACAAUUUCUGAAUACUUAGUUUUCUAAUUCUAAACGUCAAUUCUGUGUGAUAAUACUUUUGUAAUUGUCAAAGAUACUGUUUGAAACGUUUAUGAUAUACAUAAAAAAGAAGCUGCACUACACGUGAGCUUGUGAACAUCGUAAAUAUUGGUACAGAAGGAAAGCAUUCCUACAUUGUUAUACAUGUAAUGGUAUUAUGUACCGACCUACUUAUUUUAGAUAGUGAUGGUUGUUUUGUUACAGUAUUAAAUAGUUUGGAACUAAGGAACUAAC